AUAUCGCCGGUUGUCUGUAAGCUGCCCUGCAUUCACACUACACUUGCAAAUCAAUUUCUCGCUGUACAAAUAUUAGAGCUCAUAAAUUCAAGUCGCUAAAUGCCGAGGGAGACUGAUACUUGUCAUAGUUAUGGCAAAUUAGGGCACUGGGCAACACAAUGUCCCAACAACAACGAUUUCGUCGGAGCUGAUGGUAAGAAAUUUCGACGUUCCCUGCCCUGCCGUUGCGGCGCUGGCUCUUGCAAACUUUUCACCUCUAACACCCUUAAAAACCCUGGACGCAAUUUCUACCGCUGCCCCGCCAACGACAAAACAAAGUGUCAGUUUUUCAAGUGGGCUGACGAGAUACAUUUAGACGAAUUUAUCAACGUUCCGCUUUGCCGUUGCGGUGCUGACUUUUGUCGCGUGAGACCUAAUGCGGGUCGGAUCUUCUUCAUCUGUCCGAUACAAAAGGGACAUGGAGCUUGUGACUUCAAACUAUGGCUAGAUUCUGAGGAAGCAGUAGCACGAAGCACCAAAGUAAAUGAAAGCACUAGUUCAUAUCUGUCGACAUUGACUAGCAUUGAUGUCAGUCAUGUAUCUAGUGACUUGGUUGAGGAAUGCAAUGUAAGAUUUGGAGUCGGUCAUACGGACACAUCCCCUGAAGAGAUUUAUAAUCACCUCAACACUUUUCCUGCAACAACUGGACCAGUGAAGAGUCACACAGUAAUUUUAGAGGAUUUAAUUGGAGAGGACGAGGUGUUGGAUGAACCUUCAAGAAAGCACCGCAAAAGAUUGCGAUAUGGUGAGCUGAAAUUUGGUGAUACUUCUCUUCUCUCUUCAAUUGGCUGUGUGCAAUUGCCAACAACCAAGUCAAGGAACUGUUUGGCUGAAGAAAGGCUUCAUCUGUCUCUUCUGGAAUCUGAGGGGGAGAUUCAUCCAAUACAGACUAAAGUUCACAAACAGAUUCUUGUAGAGGUUUCAGGUUCAUUUGGUUCUUCCAUAGCUCAUUCUUUUGCCUCACCAAUGUAUUUGGUGGCAACAGUGGAUUGGAUGUUGAAUUCUAUUCAUCAAAAUUUAGAUCUUACACUUCAGGGUUGGUGGGGAAGGCUUGUGUUCCGUCCUCCUCGGUGCUUGAUGGUACCCUUGGUAGAGCGUUUUACUUCCUAUAUUUUUUCUCGUGAGCCCAUUUUUAUCCUUCAAGAUAUGGGUGAAGAAGAUGAUGCUUCCCUAGCCACUCGGCCAAGAAAUCUUUUACCAACUGAAAUUAACAUUUGUACAGUGCGUACUGUUGAUGAAGUUGUGCAGCUCAUAGACUCUCUCAAAAAAAAGUAUGAUGGAAAAAGUUUCCAUGGAGGUGGACAAAGCAACAUUAUGAGGUGUUCGAUCUCAAAGGUGUUUUUACAGGCUGUUGAUCGUCUUCAGAAGGAUCUUCUUACCCUUUUUGAGUCUAUGGAUAUCAAAGAUCACAUGACCAUGAUCCAGGAGACAGAUGUUACUUUUGCUGCUCUGGACCACUUAGGUGUUGAUCGCCAACAUUUUAGUGAACGAGUGAAGGCUUUUAUUUCUGUAUCAGCACUGGCUAAAAUUGAAUGCUCUAUAUCCAGUGAUCAAUGUUUUGAAACCCCUGUUAAUCACUGGGUUUUGGAGAAAUUAAAAUUGGAUGAGCUUUCUCAUGUUCAUUUUGAGGCAAUUAAUGUUUCUACUCUUGCUGAGCAACACCGUCUAAACCUUAAAACUGAAGCUUCUGUGGUUAGAGCCAGGCUUUCUCAAAUCGAGGCUGAAUUAUCCCAUUGUGAGGUGGAGAACUCAGCUCUGUGGUGCAGCUUGGAACAUAUCAGGGAAGAGAAGAAAAAAUCUGAGGAGUGUCUUUCGAUUGCAUUCAAGGAGCUGGAGAAUGCUCAAGAACUCAGGAAACAGAGAGAAGUGGAGUGAAAUGUUGCAACGGCAACAUAUGAGACAGCAAAAGCUAUGCUUUGUGAAUAAAUCUGGUUACUAUGUGUGCUUUGUAACAAUGAUGAUGUAUAAGGGGGUGCAAAUCCUGUAUGGUUUCAGUUUGCGAGAUACCUUUGUGUCUACUUCAUUACCAUGAUGAAUUACAGAAAUCUGAAGUGGUCCAUGGUUUCUGAUAAAUAACUGAUUGGUGGUGAUACGGUAAUCAAAUUUUGCAUUUCGAGUGCGGUUGCUUGGAACAGGAUUGUGGUGGGGCCGUGGUGGUCAUGACUCCAUUUAUGUACAUUGAACUGUAUGAGCUAGGGAACACAGAGGGACCAUUACUCUUGAAAGUGUAUAUUUGGGUUUGUGUUUUGUUACGUGUUAUGACGCUUUCACCAAUCCUUUAUCCAUAGCAGCAGAUGUAUUCACUUGCGCUAUUGUGUAUUGUGCUAUGUGUAGAUGUACUCUUCCGUCUUUCGACAAGAACUAGACCAAUAUUUGUAUAUACUUGGAUCGACUU